CGACGCGGGGCUGAGUCUCGGCGCGGGCGGGCGGCGCCAUGGCGCUAACGGCCCCUCCGCGGCCCUGGGCCUUCCUCGCGCUGGCGGCCGCGGCGCUGCUGCCAGGGGCGGCGGCAUUACAGUGUUUUUGCCAUCUCUGUACAAAAGACAACUUUACGUGUGUGACGGAUGGGCUCUGCUUUGCCUCAGUAACACGGACUCAAGGCAAAGUCAUACACAAUAGCAUGUGCAUAGCAGAAGUUGAUCUGAUUCCACGAGACAGGCCAUUUGUUUGUGCCCCCUCAUCAAAGGAUGAAGUUACUACUACACCUUACUGCUGUGUCACAGACUACUGCAAUAAAAAAGAACUUCCAAUUCCAACGCCAGUCCCUGCUUCUGGAGAAUCCGCUUCUAAUCUGGGACCUGUGGAAUUGGCAGCUAUCAUUGCAGGACCAGUCUGUUUUGUUUGCAUUUCACUAAUGUUGGUUCUGUACAUCUGCCAUAAUCGUACUGUCAUUCAUCAUCGUGUACCAAGUGAAGAAGAUCCCUCACUGGAUCGCCCUUUUAUAUCUGAAGGAACUACUUUAAAAGAUUUAAUUUAUGAUAUGACUACUUCUGGCUCUGGGUCAGGUCUACCUUUACUUGUUCAAAGAACAAUUGCAAGGACUAUCAUACUUCAAGAAAGCAUUGGGAAGGGUCGCUUUGGAGAAGUCUGGCGAGGGAAAUGGAGAGGAGAAGAAGUUGCAGUGAAGAUAUUCUCUUCAAGAGAAGAACGCUCAUGGUUUCGUGAGGCAGAAAUUUAUCAAACUGUUAUGCUACGUCAUGAAAACAUUCUUGGAUUUAUAGCAGCAGACAAUAAAGACAAUGGUACAUGGACUCAGCUCUGGUUGGUGUCAGAUUAUCAUGAGCAUGGAUCACUCUUUGAUUACCUAAACAGAUAUACCGUUACUGUGGAAGGAAUGAUAAAGCUAGCUUUGUCCACUGCCAGUGGACUUGCACAUCUUCACAUGGAAAUUGUUGGCACACAAGGAAAACCAGCCAUUGCUCAUAGAGACUUGAAAUCAAAAAAUAUAUUGGUAAAAAAGAAUGGAACAUGUUGUAUUGCGGAUUUAGGACUGGCAGUGAGACAUGAUUCAGCUACAGAUACAAUAGAUAUUGCCCCAAACCACAGAGUGGGAACAAAAAGAUACAUGGCCCCUGAAGUCCUUGAUGAUUCCAUAAAUAUGAAACAUUUUGAGUCAUUCAAGCGAGCCGACAUCUAUGCGAUGGGAUUAGUGUUCUGGGAAAUAGCCCGGCGAUGUUCAAUUGGUGGAAUACAUGAAGACUACCAGUUACCAUACUAUGACCUAGUCCCUUCAGAUCCUUCAGUUGAAGAAAUGAGGAAAGUUGUUUGUGAACAGAAGCUGAGACCCAAUAUUCCAAACAGAUGGCAAAGUUGUGAGGCAUUACGAGUGAUGGCCAAAAUUAUGCGUGAAUGUUGGUAUGCCAAUGGAGCAGCUAGGCUAACAGCUUUACGCAUUAAGAAAACAUUAUCACAGCUCAGCCAACAGGAGGGCAUAAAAAUGUAAUCCUGGAUUUACUACUGAAGAGUGCUUUAAAGAUCCAUAUCUGAAUCUGGGUGGCAUGUUCAGAAGGUUAAUAGCUCUACCUCACUGAGGGAACAGAAGGAUAUUGCUGCCUUUUGAUACUUAAUAGGAACAUCAGUUGUUAGCCCCUGGAUUUCUGUGAACAUGGUAAACAGUUGUGUUUUGGGUCUUUUUUGUGCACUAUGAACACCUCUUUCCCAGGACAAUUAGAAAACAUUGUGUAGUCUAGCUUUAUUUUUAUUAACAUGCAACUCUAUUUUAAAAGUUGAUUACUGGUCUUAACUUUUCAUUAACUGUGCUGAAGACAUGAAGAUCAUUAAGGUUUUGGAGCAGGUUCACUACACUGUAUACAGUGCAUUGAGGGUUCUUAAGUGAUUUUAUUUGUUGUUGGUACAACUGAGUAUUCUGAACCACUGCAAAAAUUUUCUUUGAUUCAGGUUUUGAAUGUAUUAUUGCAGUAUAACUUUCUAGCUAUUACACUUACAUCUAUUGGAUACCUACCUUGAUUUACAAAAAUGACCUCAUUCACUUGUGGGGAACAUAAUUUAUGCAACUAUAUUUUGUAUACUGUUACUGUGCUUUCACUUAUUCAGAACGUUGCAUUGCCUUCAAAAUAGAUUGUACUAUACCAGUAAGUGCCACUUCUGAGUCUUUCUAAUGCAAAUCAAUAGUAAUAUACAACAUUUAUGGUACUUGUGGUUUCAAAACAGAGUUCAAAAAUGGAAUUAUUCUUUUGCUUAAUGACAUAAUUAAUUCUCAAUUUGGCAUGUAGCUGCAUCAUUAUUGGAAUACCUUUCAUUUAACCAAGAUCUGAUUAUUAAACCACUGUAAGAAUUUAAAUAGUAUGCAAGUUAGUUAAUUCAGUGUUAUGUUCUAGAAAUGUGCAUCACAUGUAAUAAGUUCUAAUUAUUAUAUCUAAGAAGAAUUUUUUUUAAUGAAUUGGGCCUCUUUAAAUGUUUGUCAUACUCAAGUAGCAAGAGGACUAAAGGGUUUUUAAGAUAAAGGGAAGUCAUUUGUGAGAGAUUUACUUUUCAGUUCCUCAAAGUCUUUCCUUUUUCUUCUUGAACAGUAUUAUUUGCAAAGACAAGAAUUAACUUUCUAUAAUUAGAGGUGAUUAACUGUAAUAUUGGGCUUGUUUUAUUAGGAAGUUAAAUGCUGCUCUCAAAUUAUAUAUGCAUAUACUGUGUGUAUGUGACAUGCACACAGUGGUGAGCUGCAAGACUUUGGAUACACACACCAGCAGGUUCUGGUGCCCUUGUUAUAGCUACAAAAGCAAUAGUUUGUGUUGUCAUUAGAACCCUAAAAAAAUAUGCACAGAAUUACUCAGCCUUCAAAUCUCCAACAGGUAUAUCUUUUCACAGGAUUUUAACAAACUUUUAAGAUACAGAUUGUAUCACUACCUGUCUGUCUCUUAAAAUUGUUAAAUGCAUGGGGGGCAAGGGGGAAAUCAGGAGAAUCUUUGUCCUGAAACUAAAUUUUUAACAAUUACAGAAAUCUGCUUCGGUAGCAGGCAUUUGCUUAAUGUUGGCUUUACUAAUGCACAAAAAAAAAAAAA